AUGCCUCAAAAUAAGCUAGAUCUGCCUCCCCACGGCUCUGUAUUCCUCCCGGUCGCCUCAGCAACAUGGCCGCACGUAGAGACGAUCUCUAUUGAAGGAUCAGCAGACCGCAUCCAAGUUCCUGUGCUUAUUUCUCAACAGAAAUCAGAAACAGAGCAGGAUACUGCGUGUACAGACACCGCAGCAGCAACGCAACACCCCCAUUCUCUGCCGCCAGAAAAGAGAUUCCCCCUCUCCCCGAGAGGAAGCCUCCUUUUGUCUUCGUCCGCCUCAGCAACAUGGCCGCACGUAGAGACGAUCUCUAUUGAAGGAUCAGCAGACCGCAUCCAAGUUCCGGUGCUAAUUUCUCAACAGAAAUCAGAAACAGAACAGGAUACCGCGUGUACAGACACCGCAGCAGCAACGCAACACCCCCAUUCUCUGCCGCCAGAAAAGAGAUUCCCCCUCUCUCCGAGAGGAAGCCUCCUUUUGCCUUCUUCUGCAGCGGAGGAAGCUGCGCAUGCACCAAGAGCAGCAGCAGCAGCAGCAGCAUCAGCAGCAGCAGCAAUCGAGGCCCGUCCUCUUCUAUCCACAGCAGCAGCACAGAAGCCUCAACCAGAAGCCCCUUCAGAUUGCACACCACCAUUCAGGCGGGGCGCUGCGGAGAGCGACAAAAGAUACAGCAGCAGCAGCAACGUCGCUGCCUGGGGAUGCAGCUCGCCAAUCCAAGAGCUGCGAAGAGAUGAAGGCAGCAACAGCUGGCGGCUGUCGGCUGCUCCUUCUUCCGGCUUCUCCCCAACCUGGACAUCCACAGAGGCUCACAGACUGCAGCUACAGCAGCAGCAGCAGCAGCAGCAGCAACAGCAGCAGCUGACACCGGGAAGUCCUGCCUUGUGGGCGUGGCGGCUUCGCGUUGGGCGGUGUAAACACCCCUUCACGUUGCCAUCUUUCUCUGCGGGAUCUUUCAACUCCCUGCUGGACUCCCCUGGCCUGCUGAGCAGCAGUAGCAACAACAGCAGCAGCAGCAGCAGCAGCAGCACGCCGUGUGACUCGUACACCCGGGCCUUGUGGGCGUGGCGGCUUCGCGUUGGGCGGUGUAAACACCCCUUCACGUUGCCAUCUUUCUCUGCAGGAUCUUUCAACUCCCUACUGGACUCCCCUGGCCUGCUGAGCAGCAGCAGCAACAACAGCAGCAGCAGCAGCAGCAGCAGCACGCCGUGUGACUCGUACACCCGUCGCUCGGCUCCUGUGACAUCUUCCCUGGGGACUGCGUCUUCAGCAUCUCCUUUGCCCUCACGCGCUGCUUUUGUUCGUUUAGAAGAGUUGCAGCGAUCGCUGAGCCGCCCAAAGCAGAAAGCAGCGGAGGAAGCUGCGCAUGCACCAAGAGCAGCAGCAGCAGCAGCAGCAUCAGCAGCAGCAGCAAUAGAGGCCCGUCCUAUUCUAUCCACAGCAGCAGCACAGAAGCCUCAGCCAGAAAUCCCUUCAGACAGCAGCAACCACGUCGAUGCCUCUGGCAGCAUUCUGCUGAACUCUGCAGCAGUCAACGACUCCUCCACCUUCAGCACAGACGCCACCAAAACCCUCACGAACGAGCCGGAGAUGCAGCAGCAGCAGCAGCAGCAACAGAAACAGAAGCAGCAGCAGCAGCAGCAGCAGACUGCAACAGCAGACGGGGAAGCCCUGCUGCAGCUUCAGACGGAGAAUAGGCUGCUUCAGGAGGCCCUGAAAAACAGCCGGGCGGAAAUUGAGGCGCUCGAGCUGUUCGGUCAGCUGCAACAAACUGCUCGCCAGGCGCAGCAGCAGCAGCAGCAGAAACAGCAGCAGCAGCAACAGCAGCAGCAGCACCAGCUUCUCCCGACAGGAGACUGGCCCCAGCAGCGGCCGCUAGUUGCAGCGGCUUCGCAUGAAGUGCCGAAUGCCAGGCAACGGCACACUGAGGAGGAGGAAGAGCAGCAGCAGCAGCAGCAACAGCAGCACCAGCAGCAGCAGCAGCAGCAACAGGGACAGCAGCAACAGCAAGAACAACAGCCGCAGAAGCAGCAGCAAAUACAACAGGAGCAGGACCAGAAUUUCAACAGUCGCCGCAGCAACAGCCUCAGCAGUUCCAACAGGAGCAACAGGAGCAACAGCAGCAACAGCAGCAGCAGCAGCAGCAGCAGUUUGAGUCAUCACAGCAGCAUACGCAGCCCCUAG